AUGCCGAGCCGCAAAUAUACCACACUUCACGAACUCAGACGGUUAAAGGCCGAACGUAACAAAAAUCGUUCACUGUACACAAAGUUAUGUAAUCCCGGUCAAGCUUCUGCUCAGCUGAACAAGUCUUCUGGUCAGAACACGGCCUUGAUUGCAAAAUCCGAUUCCAAAGCGACAAAUGCUUUAAAAUUAAUUCCGUCUGUGCAAGAUUUUAUAUGCCUUGUAUUAGAGUAUUUUACAAGACCUUUUCGCACUGUACUGUCGCUACCACUUGAAUCUCGUGAAAUAUUAAAGAGGCUAACCAAUCGACAAACCACUUUUCGAAUACCAUUUUCUGAAAAAUCAAUUAAUAAUCUUGAAGCUGCUUUAAAAGCAUUAGCUGAAACUUGGGGACCGAAUGUUUUCCAAGUAAAAGAUGUGCUAGAUGGUUCUCGCAGAAAGUUGCAUUUGAUCAGAUUGGACAUAGGCAAGUUGAAGAACGUGAUAAUACUUGAAAGAGCUUUUAAUCUCGAAGACAACGCAUCGUUUGAACCUGCUCUUAAAUUGACCACAAAUGACCUUUACCAUAACCAGAAAAGAAAAAAUGAGGAAACGGAAGCGGCAGAUGAAA